UAGUAGAUCUUCCCCGCCGCGGCCCUUCCGGUUCCCGCCCAACCCGCAACCGGAAGUCGCCUCCUGAGGGUAUUGGGGCCGGCCGGCCGAUGGAGGCAGCUGCCGCUCCCGGGUUCGGCUCCGGGCGGGAUGCUGACCCUGCUGUGGCGGGCCUUGUGGUGGCAGCGGCGGCUCCCUGGCGGGGGCCAUGAGCCCCCGGCGACCGGGCGGAAGAGCCGCACCCGGAGCGCCGCUAUGGCCACGGAGCAGGAACGGGCGCUCGAGGUCUACGACAUAAUUCGGACUAUCCGUGAUCCAGAGAAGCCCAACACUUUGGAAGAACUCGACGUGGUCACAGAAAGCUGUGUAGAAGUGCAUGAAAUCCACGAAGAGGAGUUUUUGGUUAUAAUCAGGUUUACGCCGACCGUACCUCAUUGUUCUUUGGCCACGCUCAUCGGGCUGUGCUUGAGGAUCAAGCUUCAGAGAUGUUUGCCUUUUAAACACAAGCUGGAAAUUUACAUAUCCGAGGGGAUGCAUUCCACUGAGGAGGACAUCAACAAGCAAAUAAAUGACAAAGAGAGAGUAGCAGCUGCAAUGGAGAAUCCAAACCUGCGGGAGAUUGUGGAGCAGUGUGUCCUGGAGCCUGAGUAGCUGCCCCGGCAGCCCCUUAACCUGAGAGCUCUCUGACAUCUUUUGUGUUGGUGUCUUUGUAAAAACACGGAGGCCUUUGAUUUUUACCAGAGGGUUCCUUGUAUUUUCUGUAUAUUUUUAAAACCAUUUUAUUAAAAUCUAAAUUACAAGGAGGGUAAGAAGAAGCAAAAUGAUCGUGUUUAAAUGAAUAUAACGAAUACAUAAUCUUUGUUGAAAAGAGAUUUUAUAUAAUGAUAGAGCCACUUUGCUAUCUUAUGACUACAUAGAGUGAUGAAAUAAAUUCUGGUUUUGAAGGUUAUUUCUCCACAUUGUGGUGGUGAAAUAUUUUUUUUCAUAGCACGACUGAAGAAAAUGAAUAAAGUAUGAAGUUCUUGCAA